CACAGAUCCUUUAGCACCAAUAGUCUUUCACGCUAGGUAGCCCCGCCCACUUAAUUCUCGUGACCAUCCUCACAGGUCCUUCAGCCACAAUCUCUUCUAUUCUGCUGAGCUCCGCCCCCACAUGUACUGGUCACAUGAUUAUGACAUCAUCACAGGUCCUACACAGCCAGCAUCCAGCAGAUACAGAGCGGGUUUGUUACAGAUGGACAAGGACAGGAAUGAGAUGACUAAGAGAAUAUUACACUUCACCUUAGAGAUCCUCCACCUGCUGACCGGAGAGGUGACUCUUGAUUACACCAUAGUGAAGAAGACAUGGGGGGAGUGUGUGGCCCCCAGCAGCCAUCUCCAUGAAUCAGGAGGAUGGAGCAGGGCCCUGGGCCCCAUCACGGAGCCUCCACCUCACUCACUUAUACAUGAGAAGAAGAUCCUAGAACUCGCCCACAGGAUCACUGAGCUGCUGACUGGAGAGGUUCCUAUAAGGUGUCAGGAUGUGGCGGUCUAUUUCUCCAUGGAGGAGUGGGAGUAUGUAGAAGGACACAAGGAUCUGUACCAGGACAUAAUCAUGAUGUAUAAUUACCCACCAGAGAUGGAUGAGGACAGGAACUACAUGGCUAAAAUAUUAGACCUCGCCUUAGUGAUGAUCUACUUGGUAACUGGAGAGGAUUACAAAAUAAUGAAGGAGCUUCCACCUCACUCACCAAUACAUGAGAAGAAGAUCCUACAACUCACCCACAGGAUCACUGAGCUGCUGACUGGAGAGGUUCCUAUAAGGUGUCAGGAUGUGGCGGUCUAUUUCUCCAUGGAGGAGUGGGAGUAUGUAGAAGGACACAAGGAUCUGAACCAGGACAUAGUCAUGAUGGAGGAUCACCGGCCCCUCACAUCACAAGAAAAUCCCAGUAAGAAUUCUGAGGGAAACUUCAUGUUAUCCCUGAAUGAUAAAGGAGAAGAUGAAGAUAUGAUGGAGCGCUCCUCAGGAGAAGACCUCCUUACCCCUAAUGUCCAUCCAGAUCUAUCCUAUAAUAAUCCACCUGAUCAUGAGGAACCUUCUCCUGACCAACCACACAUUGUUACCACAAGGACAGAGCAGGAGAGGGAAGAAACUCUUAAAUGUGAUGAAUGUGGAAAAGAGUUUACAGACAGAUCAGAUCUUCUUGCACACAAAAGAAUUCAUGCAGGGGAGAAACCGUAUUCAUGUUCAGAAUGUGGGAAAUACUUUACAGAUAAAUCAAAUUUUGUUAUACAUAUGAGAAUUCACACAGGAGAGAAGCCGUUUUUAUGUUCAGAAUGUGGGAAAUGUUUUAUAAGUAAAUCACAUCUUGCUUCACAUCAGAGGAGUCACACAGGAGUGAAGCCGUAUUCUUGUGCAGAAUGUGGAAAACGUUUUAUGAGUAGAUCCGAUCUUCUUAUACAUGAGAGAAGUCACACAGGAGAGAAGCCGUAUUCAUGUUUGGAGUGUGGGAAAUGUUUUACAAGUAAACAAAGUCUUGUCACACAUGAGAGAAUUCACACAGGAGAGAAGCCAUAUGUAUGCCCAGAAUGUGGAAAAUGUUUUAUAGAUAAACAAAGUCUUGUUUCACAUGCAAGAGUUCACACAGGACAGAAGCCGUAUGCUUGUUCACAUUGUGGGAAAUGCUUUACAUACAAGUCAAGUCUUGUUACACAUGAGAAAAUUCACACAGGAGAAAAGCCAUAUCCAUGUACAGUGUGUGGAAAAUGUUUUACAAAGAACUCACAUCUUCUUAUACAUGAGAGAAUUCACACAGGAGAAAAGCCGUAUCCCUGUGCAGAAUGUGGAAAAUGUUAUACAAAUAAAUCACAGCUUAUUAAACAUGAGAGAAGUCACACAGGAGAGAAGCCAUAUUCAUGUUCACAAUGUGGGAAAUGUUUUACAAUGAAAUCUCAUCUUCUUACCCAUGAGAGAAGUCACACAGGAGAAAAGCCUUAUUCGUGUUCACAAUGUGCAAAAUGUUAUGCAGAAAAGCCAAGUCUUAUUGUACAUGAGAGAAGUCACACAGGAGAGAAGCCAUUUUCAUGUUCACAAUGUGGGAAAUGCUUUUCAAGUAAACCAAGUCUUGUUAUACAUGAGAGAAUUCACACAGGAGAAAAGCCAUAUCCAUGUACAGCUUGUGGGAGAUGUUUUAUAAGUAAAUCUUAUCUUGUUAAACAUGAGAGAAGUCACACAGGAGAAAAACCGUAUGCAUGCUCAGAAUGUGGGAAAUGUUUUACAAGAAAGUCAUAUCUUCUUACACAUGCGAAAAUUCACAAAGAAAAAACUCCAGUGACCAUAGUGAAGAAGACAUGGGGGGAGUGUGUGGCCCCCAAUAGCCAUCUUCAGGAAUCAGGAGGACGGAGCAGGACCCGGGGCCCCAUCAUGGAGCCUCCACCUCACUCACUGAUACAUGAGGAGAAGAUCCUAGAACUCAUCCACAGGAUCACUGAGCUGCUGACUGGAGAGGUUCCUAUAAGGUGUCAGGAUGUGGCGGUCUAUUUCUCCAUGGAGGAGUGGGAGUAUGUAGAAGGACACAAGGAUCUGUACCAGGACAUAGUCAUGAUGGAGGAUCACCGGCCCCUCACAUCACAAGAUGGAGUCAUUGACAGAAAUCCACUCGAGAGGUGUCCCCGCCCUCUGUAUUCCCAGGACUGUCCAGAGGGAAAUGUCCCAGAGAAGCAUCAGGGGGGAGAUCUGGCUAAUAAUAAAGUGGAGGAUGAAGAAGAGAGGAUGAGGGGCCAUCACCCGUGUAUGAGGAAAGUGAAGGAGGAAAUUCCAGGAGAUGUUACCCCAGAAUAUCCCGGUACAAACUCUGAGGGAAACUUCAUGUUAUUGCUAAAUGUGAAAGUAGAAGAUGAAGGUAUCAUGGAGCGCUCCUCAGGAGAAGAUGGAGAGAUCAUGGAGCGCUCCUCAGGAGAAGAUGGAGAGAUCAUGGAGCGCUCCUCAGGAGAAGACCUCCUUACCCCUAAUGUCCAUCCAGAUCUAUCGUAUAAUAAUCUCCCUGAUCAUGAGGAACCAUCUCCUGGCCAACCACACAUUGUUACCACAAGGACAGAUCAGGGAGAAGGGAAAAAGUUUCAAUGUGAUGAAUGUGGGAAAGAAUUUACAAGAAUUUUAGGUCUUUUUACACACAAAAAAAUUCACACAGGAGAGACGCCAUAUUCAUGUAUAGAAUGUGGAAAAUACUUUGUAAGUAAAUCAAAUCUUAUUAUGCACGAGAGAACUCACACAGGAGAAAAGCCUUACUCAUGUUCAGAAUGUGGGAAAUGUUUUAUGAGUAAAUCAAAUCUUGUUACACAUCAGAGAAGUCACAAAGGAGUGAAGUCAUAUUCUUGUUCGGAAUGUGGAAAGUUUUUUACCUAUAAAUCACAGCUUGUUAAACAUGAGAAAAGUCACACAGGAGAGAAGCCCCAUUCAUGUUUGGAAUGUGGGAAAUGUUUUGCUAAUAAAUCAAAUCUUGUAAUACAUGAGAGAAGUCACACUGGAGAGAAACCAUUUUCGUGUUCAGAAUGUGGGAAACGCUUUACAUAUAAAUCUAGUCUCCUGUCACACGAGAAAAUUCACAAAGGACAGAAACCGUAUUCGUGUUCAGAAUGUGGGAAAUGUUUUACAGAUAAAUCACAUCUUGCUACACAUGAGAGAAUUCACACCGGGGCAAAGCCAUAUUCCUGUUCUGAAUGUCAGAAAUGUUUCGUAAAUAAAUCAGAUCUUCUUAUACAUGAGAGAAAUCACUCGGGAGAGAAGCCAUUUUCAUGUUUAGAAUGUGGCAAAUGUUUUACAAAUCAAUCAAAUCUUUUAAGACAUAGGAGAAGCCACACAGGAGAGAAGCCAUUUUCAUGUUCAGAAUGCGGGAAAAGAUUCACAAAUCAAUCAAACCUUGUUAGACAUCAGAGGAGCCACACAGGAGAAAAACCGUAUUCGUGUUCAAAAUGUGGGAAAUGUUACACAAAUCAGUCAAAUCUCUUUAGACACGAUCGGAUUCACACAGGAGAGAAGCCAAACUGAUGCCGAGAAUGUGGGAAAUCCGCCUGGUUCUCACUGGCGUGGACCGAUGAAAUGCGGCUGUUGGAUGCUCUCCCGUAUAACCACAAGAUGUCCUUACAGCAGCACAAUAAUGGGGGUAAUUCUGGCCACGUGUACACAAAGGAUGGAUGCCAUUUUUUAUGA